AUGACAAACCAACAACAACAACAACAAAACAACGAUGAACAAAUAGAUAUUGUAGAUAUGAGAAGAAGAGCUUUUGAAAGUGCACAAGUGGCAAUACAAGAGAUGGCUAUCAGAGAUAUUCAAGAGAUUGUAGCUCUACUAUCACAAAACAAUGAUCAACUAUCUGUCGUUCUCUCCAUGUCUGACAAUGGUACACAAAUAGCAUCUUUACAAUCACUAUUUCUCGUUCUUUCAUUGAUUCUCAACAAUGGACAACUCGUUAGUUUUGAUUCUACUAGAAAUGGAGUAUGUCAGAGUUCAACGAUAUUGGUAGAGGCAAUUAAAAAUCAUAAUCCAUUGAACGAUGUUAGUUAUCAUACCUACCAAAUGUUGAAAUCAUACUUUAUAUCGGAUGGAGAGAAUGGAGACAACUCACACAAUGUAAUUCACCCAGAGUUUACACCAGAGUUGGUGUUUGCCAACUGUGGUGGACAACUAGGUGAAGCCCUGUAUCGUUGGUGCGAUGCUGUAUUUACUGUUCUGUCGGUCAGAUUCAGCGACGCUGAUGAUCAAGAUGACCAAGAUAUGGACGACCAAGAAAAUGAUAUUGAUACUUUCUAA